AUGCUGAUUGCAGGAGCUUGCCGUGCAGGUCGGAUGUCUGGACGUGGGAAAGGAGUGAAGGGGAUCGGCAAAGGUAGCUCUAAGCGUCAUCGCUUCAUCUUGCGCGACAACAUUCAGGGGAUCAGUAGAAAAUCCAUUCGCCGUCUGGCUCGUCGUGCUGGAGUCAUGCGCAUGUCUGCACUUGUGUACGAGGAAUCGAGAUCUGCACUAAAGUAUUCCUGUUAUGCCUUCUGCAAGAUGCUGUGGAGUACGCAGAGCACGCAAACCGCAAAACCAUAUCAACCAUGGAUGUAA